CAUAGCUUGACGUAGCUGGACGUCACGGAUGCUGGUUGCGUUGGACAGGUUAGCUCAGCCAGUGUUCCCGGUAGAAACCCAAGCUAGCAGUUAGCAAACAUACCUUUCCAGUAGAAGGAGGAAUAGUCUCCUUCGAUACACGUAUAUAUACAUCUUCGAGGAACCGUGUCCGGGCUAAAAUGAAGAAGCGGAUACACUUUGGUUUUCUCCUUGUUUAUUCUCUUGUAUCGUAUUUUUCGUCUUGCUCGGCGUUUUAUCUUCCGGGUUUAGCCCCAGUGAGUUUUUGUGAAGAAGGCAAAGGUGGUGAAGAUUGUCAGACGGCGAUUGAGCUGUUUGUCAAUCGUUUGGACUCUGUGGAGUCGGUCCUGCCUUAUGAGUAUGAUGUGUUUGACUUUUGCAAAGACAUCAAGGAAAAAAGGCCUUCUGAAAACCUGGGACAGGUGCUGUUUGGUGAGAGAAUCGAGUCUUCACCAUACAAGUUCAACUUCAAACAAGAUGUGAAAUGCAAGGCAGUGUGCACAAAAGCCUAUAAGAAAGGCAACCAGGAUGAUGCCACCAAACUGGAUUUUCUUAAAAUGGGAAUGCAGCUCAACUACCAGCACCACUGGAUAAUUGAUAACAUGCCAGUGACUUGGUGCUAUGAUGUCGAAGAUGGACAGAAGUACUGCAACCCAGGCUUUCCAAUUGGCUGCCUUGUAACUGCAGAUGGAAGAGCUAAAGACGCCUGUGUAAUCAAUUCUGAGUUCAACAAGAAGAACACAUUUUACGUCUUCAACCAUGUGGACAUUAAGAUCAUCUACCACAGUGGAGCAUCAGAAGGCUGGAGAGGGGCUCGCCUGGUUGCUGCCACUCUGGAGCCAAAGAGUAUCAAACAAGCAGAUGAGAAAAACCCAAGUUGUGAAGGAGGCAACCCGAUGGAGGUCCCUGGGGAGUUCGACAAUGAUGUGUCAAUAAUUUACACCUACUCUGUCACGUUCGAGGAAAACAAUGCCAUCAAGUGGGCAUCUAGGUGGGACUAUAUCCUGGUCUCCAUGCCUCACACCAACAUCCAGUGGUUUAGCAUCAUGAACUCCUUGGUCAUUGUCCUCUUCCUGUCCGGAAUGGUUGCAAUGAUCAUGCUGAGAACCCUGCACAAGGACAUCGCCAGAUACAACCAAGUUGACCAGGCAGACUUGAUAAAGAUUCCCUCGACCAAGGAAAAAUCCUCAAUCCCCUAUGAGGAUGCGCAGGAGGAGUCAGGGUGGAAGCAGGUGCACGGGGAUGUUUUCCGGCCCCCCAGGAAAGGCAUGUUGCUGUCUGUGUUCCUCGGGCAGGGCACCCAGAUCUUCAUCAUGACCUUCAUCACUCUCUUCCUGGCCUGCCUGGGCUUCCUGUCACCAGCCAACAGAGGGGCUCUCAUGACGUGCUCCGUGGUCCUCUGGGUGCUGCUGGGAACGCCUGCUGGUUAUGUGUCUGCUCGUCUGUACAAAACUUUUGGAGGCGAAAAGUGGAAGACAAACGUGCUGCUGACAGCGCUCUUGUGCCCAGGAAUUGUGUUUGCAGACUUCUUCCUGAUGAACCUGAUCCUUUGGGUGGAGGGCUCCUCAGCAGCAAUCCCCUUUGGCACUCUGGUGGCCAUUCUAGCUAUGUGGUUUGGAAUUUCUGUGCCCCUCACCUUUGUCGGUGCCUACUUUGGAUUCAAGAAGGCUGCUAUCGAGCAACCCGUCCGAACCAACCAAAUCCCCCGUCAAAUUCCUGAGCAGUCAUUCUUUACAAAGCCCAUCCCUGGUAUCGUGAUGGGUGGCAUCCUGCCGUUUGGUUGCAUCUUCAUUCAGCUUUUCUUCAUCCUCAACAGCAUUUGGUCUCAUCAGAUGUACUACAUGUUUGGAUUCCUGUUCCUGGUUUUCAUUAUUCUGCUCAUCACCUGCUCUGAGGCCACAAUCCUGCUCUGUUACUUCCACCUCUGUGCUGAGGACUACCAUUGGUGGUGGCGUUCCUUCCUGACCAGCGGCUUCACAGCAGUUUAUCUCUUCAUCUACGCUGUGCAUUACUUCUUCUCCAAGCUGCAAAUCGUUGGAGCUGCCAGUACUAUUCUCUACUUUGGAUACACUAUGAUUAUGGUCCUCAUCUUCUUCCUCUUUACAGGUACAAUUGGCUUCUUCGCCUGCUUCUGGUUUGUAAAUAAGAUCUACAGUGUGGUCAAGGUGGAUUAGAAGAUCAAGAGAGAGACUGACUCCUUGCUGUCGCAGUGCCGGCCCACCUCAGUGCUGGCUGUGGGAUAAAAUGGUCCACAUGGACCUGAACUGAAACCAUCACUUAUCAUAGAAAAGACCCGAAGAAGCAGAGCCCGUCCUCUUUUGUGCUUUAAACUUAUGUUGCUGUUUUCUUUAAAAAAUAUAUACAUAAUUUGUGUUCACUGUCCAGCAGUAAUAUUUUGAGUGGCUCCUUGAAAAAUCAGCGUGGGUUCCAAUGAUUUAGCUGUCAUAGUGAGCAGUUUGUUUGGUUGGGUUUAACAAGAAAGGCUGAAAUGUUUUUAUUUAAAUUUUCUAAAUAAGGUAAAAUGUUCUGUAUUUUGCUUUUCUAUUCCCUUAUGGCUUAAUGUUUUGUUUUUGGUUUCAUGUACUGAUGAUGAAAAAAAUGUGUGUACAUAUACUGUAUAGAGAAGAGUGCGCGAGAGAAUGCUACUUAAAGAUUGUCACCAUAACGAGUCCUUCUGUAGGGUUUUCUUUCUUUUUUGUAAGGCAAACAUGGGGCAACCAAUCUUUAAAUAUCAGUUCAAAAACUAUGUAGUGUGUAGUUCAGAAAUUAUAUAAAACACUGACAUUGCUAAGAUUACAUGUCUAUUGUUUUGUAUUUGAUGGCUGGCUACAUUCCAGGUAGAAUAGAAACCGAGGAUAUACGUCUGUAUCACAGAAGGAAAUGACACAGCCACAGUGUGCACAUGAAGAAUCUUUCAGAGGCAUGCCUGAUUUGUUUGACAACAGGGGCGACCCUCACCUUGUAGAGCCCAUCAAUAAAUUGGUGAAAUACA